AUGACCGUCCCAAACGGAUCCCACAAAACCGUCCCCAGCCGGUUAUUCCAGCCGGAGACCCCUAACCUGGAAGACUUCAAGAGAAUCUGCUCCCAGACCACCGACCAAACCACCUACCCACUCGCAGCAUCCGUAGACCACAACAUCCCCAUCUACGAUGCCCGAGCCCUCGACCCACACAACACCGACCUCACCACCACCCUGCAAGACGAAUGGUACCACAUCCUGAGCAGCGGCCCGGGCAUCCUCGUGCUCAAAGGCAUGUACGACCCAGCGCAAUACGCCUCCACCCUCCACAGCACCAACGCCGCCUUCACCAGCAUCAUCGCGCGCGAACGCGCCUCCGCAACCACCAAAGGCGACCACUUCGCCGCGAGCGGCAAAAACGACCGCAUCUGGAACUCCUUCAGCAAGCACGCGCUGGAAGACCCCUCCUCCUUCAUCACCUACUACUCCAACCCGUGGCUGCGGCUGAUCAGCGAGACCUGGCUGGGCCCGGCCUACCGCGUCACCGCGCAAGUCAACGUCGUCAAGCCCGGCGGCGCCGCCCAGGACAGCCACCGUGACUACCACCUCGGCUUCCAGGACCUGCUCACCUGCGCCGCCUUCCCGCGCAACAUCCAGCUCGCCAGCCAGCACCUGACUCUCCAGGGCGCCGUCGCCCACAGCGACAUGCCGCUGCUUAGCGGGCCCACCCGCUUCCUGCCCUUCAGCCAGACCUAUGAGCCGGGGUAUCUGGCCUGGCGUCGCGACGACUUCCGCGCCUUCUUCCAGGAGAACUACGUCUCGCUGCCGUUGGCCUUCGGGGAUGGUCUGUUCUUCAACCCGGCUGUGUUCCACGCCGCCGGCGCCAAUGAGACCGAGCCCGGUCCCGAUGGCGGGUUUCACCGCAAGGCGAACUUGCUGCAGAUUAGUAGUGGGUUGGGCAAGGCCAUGGAGAGUAUUGAUACCGUGCCGCUUGUGGGGCGGUGCUGGGAAGAGCUUUUGGAGAGGUUCCAGGGUGCUGGGGGGAAGUUGGAUGGUGAAGUGGAGAAUUUCAUCCGCGCUGUUGCAGAUGGGUAUCCGUUUCCGACGAACUUGGAUAGGAGGCCACCGGCGCCGAAUGGUAUGGCGCCUGAGAGUGAGCAGGAGAUUAUUCUCAGGGGGCUGAAGGAGGGGUGGGGGACCGAGAGGGCUGUCGAGGAGUUGAGGCGGAUGAAGGCAGAUUCUUGUGCUUGA